CGAUCUGAUGCCUACUACCUACUUACCUACCUACCUACUACAUACAGGACCUACUUCUUUCUCAUGCAUGAUAUAUAAGCGACGUAUCUCUUCACGUCGAGGAGUCGCAUUCUGUUUCUCUUCGUAUACGUAUAUGUAUACAUACCUUACACAGCAAGGCUGAGCGAGCUCCUUUCUUUGCCCGAGGAGGCCUUGAGACCAUUACUGGAUUAGAAGGCGAAACCGAAGAAGAAAAGAAGAAGACAGAGAGGAAAGAUGUAUGAGCUGCUGGAAUCCAACCUGGUUCAGGCAGCCUUUGGGGCGAUUCUCGUGGGCUAUGUUCUCAAAUUCCUCGUCAAAGGCUAUCAAGUCCGAAGACAGCGUCGUAGUCUGCCAGGUCCACCAGCAACAUCAUGGCUUUGGGGCGAUUUGAAAACUAUGGGCGAAGUGGCAAUGAGUCUGCCUCGCAGAGUCCAUCCUCACGUGUUUCCUACUUUUAUCCGGAAGAAGUUCAAUUACACGCGCAGUUUCAUGUUUUUGGACGUCUGGCCCGUAAAUUCUCCCAUGAUUGCCAUUAUGGAUCCGGCGAUUUGUCAGUACUUCACUGUCGAACAUACGACAGAGAAGGCAGACUCGCUGCCGCAUUUCCUGUAUGCGCUCGCGGGAAAGGAUGAUAUGGUAUCGGCGAAUGGAAACGUUUGGAAAAAAUGGAGGACGAUGUUUAAUCCUGGAUUCAGCACCCAACAUCUCCUCACCCUCGUUCCCGGCAUCGUAGAUGACGCAUUAGUCUACGUCGAAAAACUCACCGAACACGCACACAAACAAGAUCUCUUCCGACUCGAAGAAGACACCACACGCCUCACGGUCGAUGUCAUUGGCAAAGUAGUAUUAGAUGUCCGCUUCAACAUGCAACGCGGAGAAGACGAGUGCAUCAAUGCGUUGCGCGAACAAGUGCACUACCUACCCAAUGAGACACUCAAUCCUUUUGCCAUGUGGCAUCCGUAUGGAAUGUACAAGCGUUGGAAGAAUGAUCGGAUUAUGAAACGAUAUAUUGGGAAAAUGCUGGAUGAGCGGUUUGCGUCGAAAGAGGUGGUGAAUGAAAAAAAUCAGAGGAAACGUACGAUUAUUGAUCUGGCACUCGACAGUUAUAUUUCUAGUGGUGGGGAUGUAGAGGAGAAAUUGGACUCUUCUGCAACGACUAACCUACCGCAAGUCAUGGAUGCUGAGUUUCGCGAAGGAGCCAUUACCCAGAUCAGAGUCUGCCUCUUCGCAGGCCACGACACGACCUCAUCCACCAUCUGCUACGCCUACCACCUCCUCCAAAAACACCCCCAAUGCCUCCAACGCAUCCGCGAAGAACACGAAGCAAUUCUCGGUCCCGUCUCGCAAGCCGCCGAGCGCAUCAAACAAGAUCCCAAAAUUCUCCACAAACUCGAAUACACGCUCUGCGUCAUCAAAGAAGCCCUCCGACUCUUUCCCGCGGCUUCAGCGCCUCGCAAAGGCAAAAAAGGUCUCUUCCUCACGGAUCCGCAAACGGGAGAGAAAUUUAGUACAGAGGGUUGGAUGAUUUGGUUGGUGCAUUAUGGUUUGGGACAUAGUGAAGACGUGUGGGGACCUACAGCGAAAGAAUUCCGACCGGAGAGAUUUCUUCCGGAAAACGCGAGUGGGAUUCCCGAGGGGGCGUUUCGGUCGUUUGAGAUGGGUAAGAGGGAUUGUUUGGGUCAGAAUUUGGCGCUGUUGGAGUCGAGGAUUAUUUUGGGGUUGACGUGUCGACAAUUUGAAUUUGAUGUUGCGUUGGAUGAGAAGAGUUUGAAAGAUAUUGGACGAGAUGGGAGCUUUUAUGCAAAGGAUCAUUCUUUUCGCCAGGGUAAGCAGGAUGUGGAUGGGGAGGAAUUGUAUCAGGUCUUGGUUGGAGCGGCGAAGCCGAGAGAGGGAAUGCCUUGUAGAGCGAGGAUGGUGGAGUGGAAGCCAUGACUGGGGGAGGUCGGAGGAUAUGAGCCGGCAAAGAGAGACAGAGAGAGAGGAGUACGGUAUUGAAGACAAGAAGCGCAUCUCGGUGUGGAUCUGAUCGUGAUCGAUGAGAAACUGCGGUGAAGGGUGUGAAGUGCGUUCAUAAUAAGAGCAUAGUUGCUUCUUUUUCUCCUCAGAGUUGUGCCUUCUUGCACAUCUAAUGACAUGUUUGACAUCAUG